AUGGUGAACACGCCAAAUGGACCAUGCUAUUUUUGCUGUUGUAAAGGUGGCAGUUGUAAUCAUCCAUCGAUUUUCGCCCGUGAAGCAGCAAAACUUCCCAUGAACCAACAACAAAUUCAAACCUACAAUCCAUCUGGCUAUAACCCGUAUUCCCGUCAAAACUACUAUCCAAUGCCAUGGUAUAAUACAGCAUCUCAACCAUCGAACCCAUUUUUCCUAAUUGCAAUUAUCAUAAUUAUCUUUUUAGUCUUGUCUUAUUCUGUCUAA